UCUGGGCGCCCAAUGAUUCACUCCUAUGGCUCAUCAGGGUUUGAGACCACCUGUGAAGGGUGUCUCCGUUAAGGAUGAAUAAGUCCUCUAGAAUAGAGGAAAACCGCAUGACUGAAUGAGUCCUUCAUUCGAGUGGUCUAUUAAAAGCACUGUACAUUGGUAUCAGAUUCCUUUUCUCCAAUAUAGUAGUCUCUCUAUACAGAGAUAAAGGCAACAUCCAAGACACGAAAACUUCCCAAGAGUUGAAGGUCUUCGGACCCCAGGUAUAGGAAAAGAACACACAACACACAGGAUGUCUCAAUCAAUACAAGACAUACCGGUCGGGGAUAUCCUCCCACUCGACCAUGUGCUUCAGCUCGCAGACCGCUCCAAGUUGCUGGCGGCACGGGUCCAAGAAUUCGAGAGAAACGACGGUCUCAAGACGCCAGAGGAACUCAGGGUCUUGACCUCGACUAUGGACGAAGUAGAGCAGACUUUGCGGCCUUACACCAUGGCUGUGCUAGACUGUAUCCUCGGGGAUAUUUAUGAAAACAUCCUUCUAGAGCAAGACGGCACAAGGGCGGGCUUUGAUGAGGCGAUGACGCGGAUUACUCGGACACUUCGACCGGCUCUCCUAGAGAUGGAUUCUGAACCCAACGACAGCACGCAUACUUUCAGCCUCGACGAGACUCCCGAGAUUGUAGAGAGAUUCCAGCGUCUCAUCCUUGGGUUUGAGGAUCUCGAUAGGCUGGUCCAUCAGCCUGUACAUAAUACGCUGGUUCUCAGUGAGCAGAAGGUCGAGACAUGUGUAGAAGCUGGCCGCGUCAAGGUGCUCAUGGGCUGCGUCUUCGACGCCAUCGUCUCGUAUACCCGCAAGCAUUUACCACCUAGGGCAUCUACUCAUACUGUGGUAGUGACGGUGGUUCGGUGCGAGAGUCUUCGGCGACACGAAGGCGGGGGCCCACCGCUUCUGCGCAGACAAGAUGCCACUGUUGGGCAGGAGAGAUUCGAACCGCCCAGUCUGCGUAGACAAGAUGCUACCGUUGGUCAAGGCAGGGUAGCGUCUUCUGGGCAUUCGUCCCGGAAUAUACCUCGCCUGCGAAGGAGAGAUGCCAUUAUUGGCCAGAACACGGAAGCCACGACUUAAACGAAAGAGUGGAAGCCUUCGAAUUUGAUCUAGAAAUCACUGCUGGCAAGAAGAACACCGCUGGCGAGAACAACGCCGCACCACCGCAGCGACGUGUGGCAUAUCCUACGAUCCAGCUCGGCGAGACCCAAGUAUGGAUGCCACUGCCGAAGUCCAGGCCGUCUGCAUAGAGAGAAUGCCACUCUUGGCGAAAACGCGAAGGAGCAUCUGCCGAAGAGGAAGAUCAAUCAUCAUUGGAAUCUCCGAGUGAUAUGGCAGUCGAGUCAGCGAAGCCAAGCUUAGUUAGACUAUUGGCGAACAAGCUGUCUUCAGUGAACCGUAGAGCUUCAGUCAACGUCCAAAAGUCAUCAUUGACUAUGAUAGGCUUGUCUGGUUCUCAGAAACGCCGGUUUGCGCC